CAAGGCACCCUCGCCGACGAUCCACCCUUUGCCUUCAGCACAGCACGACCAGGACACAGUGCUCCCUCCCCAAAGACAAACAGGCGAGCAGCAAACACACACGCUCGAACCGAGACAAGCCAAUCUAAUAAUGGGGAGGGCUCCGUGCUGCGAGAAGAUGGGGCUGAAGAAGGGGCCAUGGACGCCCGAGGAGGACAAGGUCCUGGUCGCCCAUAUCCAGAGCUUCGGCCACAGCAACUGGCGCGCGCUGCCCAAGCAAGCCGGGCUGCUGCGGUGCGGCAAGAGCUGCCGGCUCCGGUGGAUCAACUACCUGCGCCCGGACAUCAAGCGCGGCAACUUCAGCAAGGAGGAGGAGGACGCCAUCAUCAGCCUCCACGAGCAGCUCGGCAACAGGUGGUCCGCCAUCGCCGCCAGGCUGCCCGGGCGGACGGACAACGAGAUCAAGAACGUCUGGCACACGCACCUCAAGAAGCGCCUGGAUCCCACCAAGCAGGAGCAGCAGCAGCAGCACGGGACGACGCCGGCGGCUGGCGCCGGCAAGAAGCACAGGCCCGCGGCGGCGGCGAAGCGCGGGGGCGGCGGAGCCAGGAAGGCGACGGCCAACGCCGACGCCGUCGUCGUCCCGGCCCCGGCCCCGGCCACCGCUGCGCCGGCGUCUCCCGAACGGUCGGCGGCCUCGUCGUCGGUGACCGAGUCGUCCAUGACGGAGCAGGAGCAGGAGCACGGCAACACGGGGAGCUCGCCCGCGUUCCCCAAGGAGGAGAGCCUCACCACCUCCUCCUCGGACGCCGAGGAGUUCCAGUUCGACGACAGCUUCUGGUCCGAGACGCUGUCGAUGCCGCUGGACAGCCUCGACGACGUCGUCCCCAUGGAGCCCUCCGACGACGACGCGUUCGGCGACGUCGACGUGGCUGCCGCCUCCUCCUCGUCCGUCGGCGCCGACGGCGACCUGGACUACUGGCUCAGAGUGUUCAUGGAGUCCGGCGACGCGCACCCAGAACUGCCGCAGAUUUAGACCGCUCGCGCGAGAAUUUUCGGCUCCUAAUUGAUUCAUCGUUCUUUUGUCUCUAUCUCUCUCUGCACGUCUUGCAUCGGAGGGGACGGACAAGGACAGCAGCAGCUGAUUAACAGAGAAGGAAAUCAGGCAGAAACAACGCGACACGCCGUUGCAACUUGGAUCGAUCUUGUUUGCCUUCUUGUUGUAUAGAUACUAGAAUCCAUCCAAGCCUAUGCGUUCUGAGAACAGAAGCACGCUGUGCUGUGCAUGCAGAUUCCCAUGUAUGUACAGUAGCCACGGCCGCCGCCAGAACAGAAAUGGAUCCGGCCUCUUCCAAAUUCCAAUUCGUUGAGUUAAUUCAUCUAGCUCGUGCUA